AAAAGCAAAUUGGAGUAAAGAGUAACAUGAUGAUGGAGAUUGAGGAAAUAAGCAAGUAUGAGGCAUUGCCACUUCUUUCAUUGAAUCACGUGUCAUUGUUGUGUAGAUCAGUUUGGGAUUCCAUGAGGUUCUAUGAACAAAUAUUGGGCUUUGUUCCCAUCAAACGCCCCUCUUCUUUCAACUUCAAUGGAGCUUGGUUGUAUAACUAUGGAAUUGGUAUACACUUGAUUGAGAAUCCAUCUAUCCACGAUUUCGACGCUAUCAUUGAACCUCGAUCAAUCAAUCCCAAGGAUAAUCACAUAUCAUUCCAGUGUAGGGAUGUGGGGCUUGUGAUGAGGAGGCUCGAAGACAUGGGAAUGAAGUAUGUGACAGCAGUGGUUGAAGAUGAAGGGAAUAGGGUUGAUCAAGUGUUCUUCCAUGACCCGGACGGAUACAUGGUCGAGCUUUGCAACUGUGAGAACAUCCCAAUCCUUCCACUCUCGUCUUGCUCAUUCAAGCCGAGGCUCAGCAGUUUCAACAGGGCUGCACCAGCUAAAUGUGGAUUCAUGGAAAAUGCCAUGAUGGAGAGCUUGAGCAUGGAGAUGUUGAAUAUUUCAUUCUGAAGAUGCUGAACAAAAACACACAAAAGAAUGUGAUGAACAAUUUCACUUUCGUUUGUGCUAUUGUUUGCUGCAAUUGUUUUUACAGGUCUUAUAAUGGCCUGGUGUGUCUUGGUUCCAUGAAGAAGUUGUAAUCUGAAUUAUAUA